GACAUUCCACAAAGUAUUUUUACUGUAAAAUUUGCGUAAAAUUGUAGUCCACUCGUUUCCUUUUCCUCGGACGUCAUUUAAAUGUUACCCUAAAGUUCAUUAGCUACUUUCGUAAUUAAAUGACAAUUAUAAUAUUAUCCGCGGAUUACCGGUGCACAUGAAUAUUUUAACUCCGAGCUAACUGAAUUAUACGUAUAUAUCCGGUAAAAAAUAUUUUAUGCAUGAAUAUGAAUAAGUACGUAGGAUUAUACAAAAGUGUACAUCAAAUAUGUUCGUGCCUAUUUUUAUGUAAUUUUAUACAAUUCUAUACAGCUCUGUAUACUUUUGUAGAUUUAUACAUGCUUUUAUAAAAAAAUUAUGAAACAUUUUUCAUACAAGAGCAUCCCAUACGGCACGCGUGUCUACAAGACAUCUUUAAGUCGUCUUAAAUCUAUAAAAUUAUACAGAACUGUGUCGAAUUGUAUAGAAUUGUAUAGAAAUAUACAAUGUGAAAGUAUGCAUGGACACAUUUCGUGUAUAAUUUUAUACAAUAUUAUAUAUUUAUGCAUGCUGACGUGCAUGAAAGAAUUUUUACCGGGUAUAUUUUUUGCAUUAAAAAUACAAGGGUACAUACAUCUGCCGUACGGUCACGUAUACAUAUAUAGCUCUAUUGUUGUUGGCACAUUGCACUUAAUGGGAUUUAAAUUUUACAUUUAUAAUUGUCCUCUGAAUUAUAUACAGUAGAACCCAUGUAUCGCGCCGUUUAUACGUGUACGCCUUUAAGCGGGACACGUCUCACUAAAUUUUCACACAGGCGUGGAAUUAAAUGUCCCUAGAAAAUUCUGAAGAGUUCAAUACAGGUGUUUUCGGUCAGGCAUUAUGCUUGUUGUUUCUACAAUGUCGUAAACUCCACAAUAAUUUCCAUUCGCUGUUGAACAAUUUGCUGUUAUUAAAAUUAAAUGCACAACUAUGUGUCGGUGGGUACAAUUUUGAGGGCGAUAGAGGAGAUAAAAAAAAAUUGUAUGCGUCAUUGCGCGACUGUUAAUGCUGGAUAAAUAGCACUCGAUGAUAAGUGCUCGUUUAUCUUGGUCAUCUUUGUACUUUGUUUCGGGACGAGUGCUAUUUUUCUACCUUUUUGCGCGUGGCCAGGUGAGAGUUAAUAAAUGAGACAAUGGCGUACUCUGAUCAAAAUCACGAGGCACCUAGGGGUGCCAGAAAGAGGGAGAAUGGACAAUACGAGGUUCCAGGAGACAAGACUGCAAUCAAGACUGGAUUAAAUAUAUUGUACGCGUCUCAGAUAGACCGCGGCGUGACUGACGAAGAUGCGGAGAGAAAGAUAUCGUCGCUGAAACACUUACUGGGGAAAGAUCCGAGGGCUGCCGACUUAAAGUGGUCCCUUUUCGUGGCGGCAUCCAACACUUAUCGCUACGACAGCUGCUUAAAGCCGUUUCCGCCUAUGUACAUUAAGAACGAAUACAAGGAUAUCGAGGCUUUGAGGAGAGCCAUAGAAUCAGUCCCUCCUUUGCCCGUGAUGUGCAAAGAGCUUGGCGAGGCUGGUGCCUACGAGAAUUACCGGGAAACAAUAGAAUUGUUAUACUGGGUAUUGCUACGAUUAAGAGACCCGUAUAUCAAGAGCGUGCAGAAAGACAGUUACAAUUCCAUACUGAGGAAAGUGCCAUUGGAGGUGCCGGCCGCAGCUCCAAAUCUUAUAUUUCAAGUAGCAAGCGCGAAACAAUCUGUAACAGAAGAGAAAUGGAAAUCAAGUGCUAAAGGUCACUCGACAUUUUAUGCGUAUCAUGGCAGCCGUUUAGAAAACUUCCAUUCCAUCGUGCAUUACGGUUUACAACAAAACAUGUGCAAAAGGUCGGAGUUUGGCAAAGGGAUAUACUUUUCGAGCGAAUUAGGAGUGAGCUUACCGUACAGCCCUGUGGGUUACGGCUGGGGAGGUAGUCUUCUUGGAAGUGAGAUAAGCUGCAUAGCUCUCUGCGAGCUUAUUAAUCAUCCUGACAUAAAGAGAGGAGACUCAAGAUAUAACGCACAAAAUACAUUGAGUGAUUCAGUUAGUGAAAGAAUACCAGACAAGUACUUUGUCGUGACAAAUAGCGAUUUAGUAAGGAUACGCUAUUUACUCGUUUAUACCCAAGAUCUACACUCACCUAGUACUACCGAUAACACGGGACUGCUGGCGUGGUUCAAGCAGCACAAAUUACUGACGUUUGUGCUCGGCUACGUCGUGCUGUUAGCCUCGGUCGGACUAACGCAGAACAAACAAGUCGAGAAAUACUAUAGGCUAUUUAUUCAGAAAGCGGGAUUCGAAUAAGAGUGCAAAUCUAUGGGCUUGAGUGCAUAACACACACAAAAGGAAACACAAGUUUAAAUCUUGAUAUAAAAGAAGGCUACAAACGCCAUGUUCUCAUAAGAUUAGGCUCCACGUGCCAAAAAUCAAUAGCGUCGUAAAAGCCUGCAAGUUUUGAAAAAAUGUAUAAGGAAAAGAUUUUUUUUAAAUAGCGCUUCUGUGAUUUGUAAUUUUGCCAUUUACAGCCUUUUUAUGUUAAGUCCUCGGUUACGACUAACUCGUUCAUUUUCACACCGAAUGUGAAAAGCAUUACCUUUUAUAUACACUUUUGAAAUACACGUGUGGCAAUUAAAUAAAUAUUUUAUAUGGCAAA